GUCGCUGGGCUUCUCCGAGGACCUCCUCAAGCCUUACGUGGAGGCGCUCGGGGGCGCGUGGGAGAGCACCACCGUGAGCGACGUGCACGGCAGCCUCGACAGCGACAUGUACGCGGCGCUGUGGGCGGUUAAGACCGAGGAGGGCGUCGACAUCACCCAUAUCGCGCGCGGCCAGCUCCGCGCCUCGUUGCGGGGCCUGGCGCACGCGGUGGGGCUGCCCCCCCCACUCCUGGGCGACAUGCCGGCCGUGGUCAGCCAGGGCCCCCUGCAGGCGCCGCAGGCCGCGGCGGCGGCGCCGGCGCAGCAGCCCGAGGUGCACGAGAUGAGCAGCGUCAUCGACCAGGGGUCGAAAGUCAAGUUCACGAUGCUCCCUGCCCCGAAGCUCAAGGAGCUCAACGCGAACUACGCGCGGGAGACUGGGCGCCCGCCCAGGGACUACGAGGACACGACGGACGUCCAGCCCUCGGCGCUGGCCGCCCGGCUCGCCGCGGGCGAGGCGCCGCGCGUCGACUUCAGUGUCUUCGGCCCCUUUGGGAAACGGAUCCAGCGGCUCAUCAACUUCCAGGCCGACGUCUGGGUGAGCGGCCAGCUGGUGAAGAAGAAGCUCGCCGGGCCAAUGAACUUAAUUCGAGACUUGGCGGAAGGGCUGGCGAGUCUUCCGCGUGGCGGCUAUCAAGCUCCAACUUUCGAGGAGCGCUGGGAGCAGGUCCGCACGAAGAUAGAGGACUUGGUGGAGAAGGGCAAGUUCCAGGGCGACUUCGACCGGGAGCGCCCCUGGGAAGCCGUAUUCUCCUACACGGCCUACGACAGCGGGCAAGACUCGCAGUGGUGGAAGAUCCACUUGGAGCUCCCAUGCCUGACCGGCAGGACGGGCGGCCGCUCUCGCACGUCGGAGGUCGAGGGCGGCCCAUCAGCCGUCGACCAGAUCGAACGGCAAUCCGAUAAGCGGGCUGCUGACCACCACGGCGACGACUCUGAACGCCCCACGGGCGCUGGGUCGAAGAGGGCCAAGAAGGCGAAGUCUCAUUGGCAGCAGGUCAGGGACAACAACGCGGCCGGUGAAACCAAGGACGGCCGGUUCACGAAACACCAGGGCGUCGAGUUGUGUUUCAACUGGAACCGCAACGCCCACACGUACCUUGACAAGGACGGCCUCUUCCAGGCCGGGUACCUCAACAAGCAUUGCCCCAAUAAGGCUUCGGGGCCCGCCGGGCGCGCUGGCGGCGCUGCCGGGGGGCCCGCCGGGGCCGCCAGGCGCGCUGAUGACGCAGCCAGGGCUCACGCGCUGCCGGGGCGUCGCGGACUGGCCCGCGCGUGGGGCUCCCACCUCGGCGCAUUGGCGAAGCUGCAGCGCCGGCUCGGGGAGCUCCGGGCCCGGCGAGGCCAGCGGGCGCAGCGCGGCGACGCUCCGGCCGCAGCUCGUCCGACGCCGCCAGCGCUGGCGCAGCCGGCUGGCUACCCCGGCCAAGACAUGUGGGAUCGGAGACGCGUGCGGCCCCGUCGACCACCCGGCGUGCCGGAGGGCCCAUCCGCGCGUGAGGAGCGGUCGGCCCAGGAUGCCCUCUGCACCGCCGGCCUCCGCAACCCUCACAGGGUAGUGAAGGCGUGGGGCGACCUCCAGGAGGUCAUGGCGGCUGCGCGGGCAGCCCCUCUGCGGGCGCGGGCACGUGAGCCCGCUCUGGUCGGGAUGGUGGGCGCGUGCGGGGAUCGGCCUUCUCGCGCGCCCCCGCCCGAGUCUGCUGUCGCGUCUGCCCGCGACGAGGUGGCGGCGGCCUUGGGUUCGGGGAGGGCGCAGGCCGAGGAGCACCAUCCGUCCUCCCCACUGCGGCACGAGAUCUUCGCGGAGUGCGCCCGCCGGUCGAAGGACCCCGACGUGCACGUGCCCAUCUGGCUCCGGGAGGGGGCCCCGAUGGGCGUCCGGCGAGCGAUCGCCCCCGGCGGCCAUUUCCCGUUGGCGGCCGCAGAGGCGACCCUUGCAGUGGACGCCUUCCGCAGGGAGUUUUGUUUUUCAGGAAACCAUCGCUCGUUCGUGGAUGAUGUCGGCGAGAACGAGGCGCCGACGCCCCCCCUCGUCCGGGAGUACCUGGAGAAGGGGUUCGGCCGAGCAUUUCCGUCUCGCGAGGCCGCCGAGGAGGUCUUCGGGGCCACGUAUCCCGCGCCGCUCGGAAACGUCCGGAAGCGGAAGCAGGGCGGGGACGGCUGGAAGAACCGCAUCAUCCAGGACUUGAAGGCAUCGCGGGUGAACCUCCUCAGCUCCACUCCCGAGCGGGCGGUGCUGCCCCGUGGCAUCGACCACGCCGUAGUCAUGGCGACCCUCUUUACGGCGGACGGAGCCGACCACGGGGAGAUCUUCGUCAUCGAUUUCUCAGACGCCUUCAUGUCUUGCCCGCUCCACGAGAGCGAUCGCCCGCACAAUUGCGCCGAGGUGCGGGGCCUCGAGGCGGAGAACGACUACACGUUCAUCGUGUGGGCGGUGCUCGGGUUCGGGGGAAAGGCGAGUCCCUUGGUCUGGGCCCGCGUGGCCAGCGCGGCGGCGCGGACUGCGCAGGCGCUGACGCUGAGCGGGGGCCUGCGGCUCCAGCUGUACGUGGACGACCCGGCGCUGGCGGUGCAGGGCCCUCCGCGUGCGUGCGAGCAAGAUUUCGAUCUGGCCUUGCUGCGGUGGCUCGUGCUCGGGCUGCGCAUCGCGUGGAAGAAGGGCCGCCACGCGCACGGGCCCCUCCGCGGGGGCCCGUGUCCGGCCCUGGAGCACGAGUGGAUCGGCAUUCGCUUCGCGAUGGCCGAGGACUGCGCCGUCAUGGGGCUCACCCAGAACUUCGUCGAUGAGUUGCUGGAGCUCCUCCGCCACUUCAUGUCGAAGAAGGGCCAUGCGCCGAUCAAGCAAGCGCGGUCGUUGGUGGGGAAGGCAGCCCGGGUUGCUCAGAUCAUCCCGGCCGCGACCCCGUUCGCCGCGGCCCUGUGGGCGGCGCUGACGGGGGCCCUCCGCCAGGCGAACGCGGGGAAGCGGGAGUCCCCGCCGAACACGGUGCCGCUCCAGCGCUUCUUCACCGCGGCUCGCUGGUUCCGCGCGUUGCUGGAGCCAGUCGACGAGGCGCGCCGACCCGAGUGCUCCUUCCCGCUGGAGCGGCGCGUGUAUCCGCGCCCCGACGCGGUUCAGUGGCCGCGAUCCAGAUACCACGUUGAAUUUGACGCCUGCCCCUGGGGGGGCGGCGCCGCGCUGUUCGAGGGCGCGACCCCAGUCGAGUGGUUUGCGAUUUCGUGGGACCAGGAGGUGCUCGACGUCUUCGGAGCCGUUCUGGGCUUGGCAAAGUAUCAGAGCCUCUGGGAGUUCAUCACGCUCCUCCUCGCGCUCAUCAUUUGGCGGUGCCACGCGGAGCACGCCGUGCUCUACGUCCUCGGGGACAACGUGGCGGCCUUGCAGGACGCGAUGCAGCUCAAAGGCAGCGGAGACAUGCUUGUCGUCGCCCGGGAGAUCGCCUGGCGGGCUGCUCGGUGGCCCCUGCACUUCGAGUGCGCCCACUUGCCCAAGGAGUUCAACCUCGUCGCCGACUCCCUGAGCCGUCUGGCGGCCGUGCCUCCCGCGGCGUUCCCAGCUAGGCGUGGCGGGCCCGGGUUCCAGAGUGAGACGUGCGCCACGCCAGUCUCAGCCGCGUGCUCCUGGACGCCCAGCGGGGGCCUGGGCAGGGCGGCGCCAGGCCAUGAAGGCGGCGCCGUCGCUCGGCUCCUGGGGCAAAGGCAGUGCAAGGCGGGCCGGCUCCGCGCCAUCGCCCACGGCGCGCCCCGCGCGCCAUGGGCGCAUUCCAGCCGCGGUGGGAUCUGGCAGCCAGCUUGGCUGGACGCAAACGGCGUCAGGCACCAGUACCGGAGGGGGUGCCUUGCGGACCUCACGUCGGCGCAGGCCCAGGCCCGCGCCCUCGAGCAGUUCGACGCGGAAGUGCUGGCGACGACGACCGCGAACUCGGAGGCGUCGCGCCGCCGGACACUCAAGGCCAUCUUCGAGCAGUGGGGCGUCGAGAUGAUCCCGCUGACCCGGCAGAAGAUCAGGCGGCUUGGCGCCUCGCUGAAGGCUGGCGGAUACAGGUCCGCUGCCCUGUACCUGUCGCUGGCUAAGAAGAUGCACGUGCAGGCCGACCUCGACUUCCCCCCCGCCUUGGGCCAAGCCUUGGCCGAGGCACGGCGUUCGUGCGAGCGGGGGCUCGGGCCAGACCGCAAGGUCGAGGGCAUUGCGAUGGAGUCGUUAGCCCAGCUCCUGACGGACGUGACUCCGCUGGUUGCGGGGGGCCCCGCCAACCCCCGGUUGGCGCUGCUAGCGGGCGCCUGGUGGCUCACGCGCGAGAUCGAGCUGUCCGCCGCGCCAGCGCACAUGGUCACCUUCCAUGCCGGGACGGACGGCCGACUCGCCGCCACGUGGCUGUUGCCCGCGUCAAAGACGGACGCUCGGGCUUUAGGCGUGGCCCGCACACACGGCUGCUGCUGCGGCGCUGGGGUCUUCGGCAAUGCCUGCCCGGCCCACGCGCUGUGGGCCCAGCGGUCAUGGCUCAGGGCUCGGUUUCCUUCGCGGCAUUCGGCGGGCGGCCUGCCCGCGCUUGACCUGGCCUUGUUCCCGGACCCCGAGGGCAAGGUGUGCGAGAAGGACGCGGUCGUCGCCACCAUCCGGGCCGCCGCGGAGGCGCUCGGCCUGCCCGCGGUCUCUGCAGACGGCCUCUACCUCUGGGGAGGGCACUCUCUCCGGGUGUCCGGCGCCCAGAGCCUUGCCCGCGCUGGCCUGGACAUCUGGCUUAUCCAGUUGUUGGGGCGUUGGGGGAGCGACGCCGUCCUCGGGUACAUCCGGGCUGCGCCGUUGGCGGUGUCCACGACCUGGGCGCUCCGGGCCUCUUGCGGCGCCUCCCCGGGCGCGUCGGUCUCGCUGAGCCUGGACGAGGUGGCGGGCCAGCUCGCAGCGACGUCAACAGGGCGCCGGGCCCGACGCGAGGGCGCCACAGGUCCUGCGACGGCAUCGCGUCUCGACGAUCUUCUCGAGCGGGUUCGCUGCCUCGAGUCCAGCGCCGGGGAAGGGUCGCAGGAGCGGGCGACGAUCCGCCUCGACGUCGCGGAGAUAAAAAGGCACCUGGAUUGGGAGUCCCUUCGUCUUCGGGCGAUCAGCGAGGAAUCCUGCCAGGGCGCCCCCGCGUCGCCUUCGGCCGGCCUAGACGAGGACGUCGCCCUCGUCAGGAAUGAGGCCAGUGGCGCGUACCAUGCAGUGCUGGUCUUCGACGCAGGGCGCGCAAGGCAGUGCUGUGCGGUAGUGCGGGCCCCGGCAGCGCUGGUCAGGAUGGGCCCCGUGCUCGCGGACCGCGCUAGGAGGGUGUCGGUGGCGGCGGGGGCACCGAGCGUCCGCCCGCAGGGGAACCGCACGAGCAGCGCUCCGUUCUCGCGCUCCGACGGCGGCCACGCCGGCGGCGGCUCCAGCACGGGCGGGCACCCGCCGAUGCCCGUGGAGGACCCGGGCCCCCGCGGCGGCCCCGAGAGGCCCUCGCAGCACGACGCGGCGCGAGGGCCGCGGGCCGCCGACGGCGGCGGGGACCCCCCGGGCUCGGCCGCGCGCACACCGCCGGGCCUGGCCGCCGCUGGCCGCGGACAGCCGCCGAGGCUGCUGCAGGCGCGCACGCCGCGGAAGCGUCGCCGCGUCGACGACGACGACUCGGACGCCGUGGAGGACGCCGCGGGGCCCGGGCUCGGGCGCUAGGAGCCCGCGCGGGCGCGGAGAGGGCA